AUGUUGGCUAUUCCUUAAGAGAAGUAUUUUACAAUUAUCCUACAACUGGGCCAGUUAGUAAAUUUUUUAAAAACCUAUUCUAUAAUUUUUUGACUUCUUUGUGAAACACACAAAAAAAUACUUCUUUAAUGAUGAAGUAAAAUAAUUGAAUAGUUAUAUAUCCAAAUAAAAGUUAUACUUUUUAAUCAUUGUUAUCAAAAACAUUUUAUAUUUGAAAUAACUUUAAUUGGUCCUUAUCUCUUUACAUAUCAAUUUCUAUUAAGAGAUUCAACAUAAUUAACAAAAUAAUAUCUAUGUAUAAAUGGUACGAGUAAGGAAGCUUCAUAUUUAUAUUAUACUUUUGUUGCCUUAACUUUAUUUAUUGAAGCAAUCCUUUACUAUAAAAUAGCAUAACUUGCACCUAAUCAUGCAGUAAGAAUAAUUGUUAAUAGAAUUAUUGAAUGAUUGA